CGGCCAUGAAUGAGACCCAGUACUGAGACUCCUGAGAUCUCCGCCGCUGACCCAGACAUCAAGCAGUAACUGGGCCGCAAACGCUGCACCGCCGGCAGGAGCCUGGAGCCACAGCAACAGCAGCUUUCUGAGGGAGGGGAAACUUUCAGAGGACAAUUUUUUAAAAACUGCACACCAACAGACUGGAGCAGCACAAGUAAAUUUAACUUCCACCGUUUUGUUUUUUGUUAAAUAAUCCUAUCAACUGUGGACCAUUUACCAGAACCAGAACAGGAGGAAGGAGCAGAAUCGUUACACAGAUUGCAGUGAGACGCUGAACCUCGGCCAUCUUGAUGGAGGUGAGUCUCCCAGAGGUUCUUGGCCGAUGAUGAAAGUGUCCCACCCAGCGGUGCCUCUGAAUCCCUGCCAUGUCUCCCUCACAUGGUGACUUCUGAUGUCCUCAGGGAAACUCAGACCUGAACCAUGGUCAUUCUGCAGCAGGGGGACUACGUGUGGUUGGACCUUAAGACAGGCCGGGAGUUUGUCGUCCCCGUCGGAGCUGUGGUGAAACUCUGCGACUCUGGACAGAUCCAGGUUCUGGAUGAUGAAGGCCGGGAACACUGGAUUUUCCCCCAGAAUGCCACCAACAUCAAGCCGAUGCACCCGACGUCCAUCCAUGGUGUCGAGGACAUGAUCCGCCUGGGCGACCUCAACGAAGCCGGCAUUCUCCGCAACCUGCUCAUCCGCUACAACGAACACGUCAUCUACACGUACACCGGCUCGAUCCUGGUGGCGGUGAAUCCCUAUCAGCUGCUUCCCAUCUACACUCCGGACCAGAUCCGCCUCUACACCAACAGGAAGAUCGGCGAGAUGCCGCCGCACAUAUUCGCCAUCGCAGACAACUGCUACUUCAACAUGCAGAGGAACAACAAGGACCAGUGCUGCAUCAUCAGUGGUGAAUCUGGAGCCGGGAAAACUGAGAGCACAAAGCUGAUUCUGCAGUUCCUGGCGGCCAUCAGCGGUCAGCAUUCCUGGAUAGAGCAGCAGGUCUUGGAGGCCACGCCCAUCCUGGAAGCUUUUGGAAAUGCCAAGACAAUCCGUAACGACAACUCCAGUCGCUUUGGGAAGUAUAUAGACAUCCACUUCAACAAACGGGGCGCCAUUGAAGGGGCCAAGAUAGAGCAGUACCUGCUGGAGAAAUCUCGAGUGUGUCGACAGGCAGCCGAUGAGAGGAACUACCACAUUUUUUACUGCAUGUUGAAAGGAAUGGGUCCGGAGAUGAAGGCUAAGCUGGGUUUGGGCCUGGCCAGGGAUUACUGCUACCUCACUGCCGGUAACUGUACUGAAUGUGAUGGCCGCGACGACCUGGCUGAUUAUUCCAGCAUCCUGUCGGCCAUGAAGGUUCUCAUGUUCAGCGAGACAGAGAACGUGGAGAUUUCGAAGCUGCUGGCGGCCAUCUUACACAUGGGCAACCUUCGGUUUGAGGCUCGUACGUACGACAAUCUGGACGCCUGUGUGGUUGUGAGAUCUCCUGACCUAGUGACUGCUGCUUCACUCAUGGAGGUGGAGCCGAAGGACGUGAUGGUGUGUUUGACCACUCGAACCCUCAUCACCCGGGGUGAAAGCGUCACCACGCCUCUCAGCGUGGAACAAGGUCUGGAUGUCAGGGACGCCUUUGUGAAGGGGAUCUACGGCAGGCUGUUUGUCUGGAUAGUAGAUAAAAUCAAUGCAGCCAUUUACCGACCUCCUUCCUGCGAGAGUAGUGUCAUCAGAAGGUCCAUCGGACUUCUGGACAUCUUCGGCUUUGAGAAUUUUAUCGUCAACAGCUUUGAGCAGCUGUGCAUCAACUUUGCCAACGAGAACCUGCAGCAGUUCUUUGUUCGCCACGUUUUCAAGCUGGAGCAGGAGGAGUACAACCUGGAGGACAUCAACUGGCAGCACAUCGAGUUCACAGACAACCAGGAGGCGCUGGACAUGAUCGCCAACAAACCCAUGAACAUCAUCUCCCUCAUCGACGAAGAGAGCAAGUUCCCAAAGGGAACUGAUGCUACGAUGUUGUAUAAGCUCAACUCACAGCACAAACUCAACACCAACUACAUCCCUCCGAAAAACAGCUACGAAACCCAGUUUGGCAUCCAACACUUUGCUGGGGUGGUGCAUUAUGAGUCCAGAGGAUUUCUGGAGAAAAACCGUGACAGCCUCCAUACCGACAUCAUCCAGCUCGUCCACUCGUCCAAGAACAAGUUCAUCAAGCAGAUCUUCCAGGCCGAUGUUGCUAUGUUUCUUUGUGGCUAUCAGCAGCCCAGCACCUCCGCUCCCAAGGGUGUUGAAACAAGAAAGCGUUCUCCAACUCUGAGCAGCCAGUUCAAACGUUCCCUGGAGAUGCUGAUGAGGACGCUCAGUGUGUGUCAGCCGUUCUUCGUUCGCUGCAUAAAACCCAACGAGUUCAAGAAACCACUGUUAUUUGACAGAGAGCUGUGUAUUCGCCAGCUGCGCUACUCCGGCAUGAUGGAGACGAUCCGGAUCAGGAGAGCAGGUUAUCCCAUCAGAUACAGCUUUGCUGAAUUUGUGGAUCGAUAUCGAGUCCUGAUGCCUGGAAUCAAACCUGCUCACAUACAGGAUGACCUGAAGGGAACCUGUCAGCAGAUAGUCUCAGCCCGGCUGGGAAAACAGGAAGACUGGCAGAUAGGAAAAACAAAGAUUUUUUUAAAGGACCACCACGACAUGCAGCUGGAGAUCGAGAGAGAUAAAGCCAUCACCGAUAAAGUCAUCCUCAUCCAGAAAUCUGUGCGUGGAUUGAAAGCCAGGUCAAACUUUCGCAGACUCAGGAGCGCUGUGGUUUGUAUUCAGAAGGUCUGGAGGGGGUACAGGAGCAGGAAGAAUUACCAAAUUAUGAAGUCAGGCUUCAUUCGCCUUCAGGCGGUCUGCAGGUCCAGGAAGUACUACAGAAGCUACCGGAUCACUCGCUGCCGCAUCACCCUCAUCCAAGCCUGCUGCCGGGGCUUCCUCAUCCGGCAGACCUUCUGGAGACGCCUCCGAGCCGUGUUGACCCUCCAGGCCUACACCAGAGGCAUGAUAGCCAGACGCCUCUGCCAGAGGCUCAGGGCCGAGCGUCAGCGGCGCCUGGAAGCCGAGCGGCAGCGCCUGGCCGAGGAGGAGCAGCUCCGGAACCAGAUGACGGUCCGGCGGGCCAAGGCGGAGGCCGACAGGAAGCACCAGGAGCGUCUCUUCCAGUUGGCCCAGCAGCAGGAGGAGCGGGACAGGGAGGAGAAGGAAGAGGCGCGCAGGAAGAAGGAGCUGCUUGAUCAGAUGGAGAGGGAGAAGGAGCAGCCUGUCGACCACUCUGACAUGGUGGACCGGAUGUUUGGUUUCCUCGGGGACUCCGGACCGCUCCCGAACCAGGACGGACAGGCGCCGGCUGGGUUUGAAGAUUUGGAGCAAACUCCUCGCGGCGAGGAAGCAGAAGAAGAGAUGCUGAAUGAAGCGCCGCCAUUACCUGACGAGGAAGAGGAAGAUCUGUCCGAGUACAAGUUCUCCAAGUUCGCCGCCACCUACUUCCAGGGUCUUUCCACUCACACCUACAUCAGGCGACCGCUGAAGCAACCGCUGCUGUUUCACGAGGACGAAGGAGACCAGCUGGCUGCAUUAGCCGUGUGGAUCACCGUGUUGAGGUUCAUGGGCGACCUGCCAGAACCAAAAUGCCAGAUAGUCAUUAACGACGGCAGUGAGAAGAUCCCCGUCAUGACCAAGAUCUACGAAACCCUCGGCAAGAGGACCUACAAGAGGGAGCUGCAGGAGCUGCAGGUGGAGGAAGAGAACAGCUCCAUCGACUCUCAGAAGAGGAACAGCGUCAGACAUAAGCUGGUGUCUCUAACUCUGAAGAGGAAAUCUAAGAUAACAGAAGAGGUCACCAGGCGGCUGACAGAGGGCGUGGACUACGGCCUCCAGGGCAACAGCAUGCUGGAGGAUCGACCCACCUCCAACCUGGAGAAGCUCCACUUCAUCAUCGGAAACGGCAUCUUACGGCCAACGCUCAGGGAUGAGAUCUACUGUCAGAUCUGCAAACAGCUCACUCAGAACCCGUCCAAAAGCAGCCACGCCCGGGGAUGGAUCCUCCUGUCUCUCUGUGUCGGCUGCUUCGCUCCGUCCGAGAAGUUCGUCAAAUAUUUACGGACCUUUCUGAAGAACGGUCCUCCUGGUUACGCUCCGUACUGCGAAGAGAGGCUGAGGAGGACGUUUGUGAACCGCACACGAACCCAGCCGCCGUCCUGGCUGGAGCUCCAGGCGACCAAGUCCAAGAAGCCCAUCAUGCUGCCUGUGACGUUCAUGGACGGCACCACCAAGACGUUGCUGGCGGACUCCGCCACCACGGCCUUCGAGCUCUGCAACGCCCUGGCGGACAAGAUCAACCUGCGUGACCGCUUCGGUUUCUCCCUGUACAUCGCUCUGUUUGAUAAGGUGUCGUCUCUGGGCAGCAGCAGCGACCACGUCAUGGACGCCGUGUCGCAGUGCGAGCAGUAUGCCAAAGAGCAGGGCGCCCAGGAGAGAAACGCCCCCUGGAGGCUGUUCUUCAGGAAGGAGAUCUUCAGCCCCUGGCACGACCCCACGGAGGACUACGUCGCCACAAACCUCAUUUACCAGCAGAUCGUCAGAGGAGUGAAGUUUGGAGAGUAUCGCUGUGAGAAGGAGGAAGAUCUGGCUGAGCUGGCCUCUCAGCAGUACUUUGUGGACUAUGGCUCUGAGAUCCUCCAGGAGCGCCUGCUCAGCCUCAUCCCGUCCUACAUCCCCGACAGGGAAGUCACCUCCACUAAGACUGGAGAGAAGUGGGCUCAGCUCAUCAUCAACGCCCACAAAAAGGGAUUAUACCACAAAAGGAGGCUGAACACUCAGAAGGUGAGGGAGGACGUUGUGGAUUUUGCUCGCAUAAAGUGGCCUUUACUCUUCUCACGUUUCUAUGAGGCCUUUAAAUUCUCAGGGCCCAGUCUGCCAAAGAAUGAUGUGAUUGUGGCGGUGAACUGGACUGGGGUUUACUUUGUGGAUGAGCAGGAGCAGGUUCUUCUUGAGCUGUCGUUCCCAGAAAUCACAGCCGUGUCCAGCAGCAGAGGAGGAAAACUGCAAGGUCAGAGUUUCACACUGGCCACCAUCAAAGGAGACGAGUACACCUUCACCUCCAACAACGCGGAGGACAUCCGGGACCUGGUGGUCACCUUCCUCGAAGGUCUGAGGAAGAAGUCCAAAUACGUGGUGGGACUGCUGGACUGUCCAAACCCUGCUGGCGUUGACUCCACCUUCCUGAGUUUCUGUAAGGGGGAUCUGAUCAUCCUGGAUGAACAUGACGGAGAACAUGUGAUGAACUCCGGCUGGGCGCACGGCGUCAACGACAAGACCAAGCAGAGAGGAGACUUCCCUGCUGACUGCGUCUACGUGCUGCCCACCAUCACCAGGCCACAGUACGACAUCGUGGCUCUGGUGACGAUGACUCCUGAUCAGAGGAGGGAGUCUCUUAGUUUGUCUCAGAUGAGUCUUUCUGAGAAGGACAAAUCCAAGGCCUACACCCUGGAGGAGUUUUCCUACGACCACUUCAGGCCGCCUCCGAAGAGCACCCUGAGCCGAGUGAUGAUGUCCAAAGCUCGAGGGAAGGAGCGACUGUGGAGCUGCGUCAGGGAGCCUUUCAAACAGCCGCUGCUGAAGAAAGUCCUGGCGCACGACGAACUCUCCCAGGAAGCCCUUCUGGCCUUCAUAGCUGUGAUGAAAUACAUGGGCGACUACCCGUCCAAACGGGCGCGGUCCGUCAACGAGCUCACCGAUCAGAUCUUUGAAGGAGCGCUGAAGGCGGAGCCGCUGAAGGAUGAAAUCUACUGCCAGAUCCUCAAACAGCUCACAGACAAUCACAUCAAGUUCAGUGAGGAGAAGGGCUGGGAGCUGCUGUGGCUCUGCACUGGUUUGUUUCCUCCCAGUAACAUCCUGCUGCCCCACGUCCAGAAGUUCCUCCAGGCCAAGAAGCACUUCCCGCUGGCGCCGGACUGCAUGCAGCGGCUGCAGAAAGCCCUGCGGUACCACAUGGCUGCUCUUUCACCCCAUCCUUGUUUUCCUUCUUGCGUCAUCUCUCCUCUUCCUCCUGAUUUGUGCAGGAACGGAUCCAGGAAGUACCCUCCUCACCUGGUGGAGGUGGAGGCCAUCCAGCACAAGACCACACAGAUUUUCCACAAGGUUUACUUCCCUGACGACUCGGACGAGGUGUUUGAAGUGGAGUCGAGCACGAAGGCUAAAGAUUUCUGCCAUAACAUCUCCGGUCGACUGAUGCUCAAAUCCUCUGAGGGCUUCAGUCUGUUUGUAAAGAUCACAGACAAGGUCAUCAGUGUGCCAGACGGUGACUUUUUCUUUGACUUUGUGAGGCAUCUGACUGACUGGAUCAAGAAAGCGAGACACGGCUCUACAGGCGCGGUGCCUUCACUGACCUAUCAGGUGUUCUUCAUGAAGAAGCUGUGGACCAACACGGUGCCAGGAAAAGACGCCAUGGCCGACUCCAUCUUCCAUUAUUACCAGGAGCUGCCCAAGUAUCUCCGCGGUUACCACAAGUGUUCGAGGGAGGAGGUGCACCAGCUGGCGGCUCUGAUCUACAGGGUGAAGUUUGAAGAGGACAAAUCCCAUUUCCAGAAUAUUCCCAAGAUCCUAAAGGACCUCGUUCCUCAGGACCAGAUUCGACUUCUGUCCCCAGACGACUGGAAGAGGUCCAUCAUGACGCUCUUUAACAAACAGUCUGGAAAAACACCCGAAGACGCCAAACUCUCCUUCCUGAAGGUCAUUUACAAAUGGCCGACGUUUGGCUCCGCCUUCUUUGAAGUCAAGCAAACAACAGAUCCAAAUUACCCAGAAACUCUCCUGAUUGCCAUCAAUAAACACGGAGUUAGUCUGAUUGAUCCGAAGACUAAGGACAUCCUGACCACUCAUCCCUUCACCAAGAUCUCCAACUGGAGCAGCGGCAACACAUACUUCCACAUCACCAUCGGGAACCUGGUGCGAGGCAGCAAGCUGCUCUGCGAAACAUCGCUGGGAUACAAGAUGGAUGACCUUUUGACCUCUUACAUCAGCCAGAUGCUGACAACGAUGACCAAGCAGCGAACGUCCAGAGGAAACAGCAAGUGAUCAGGCCACACUCCUGAACUAAAACCCACCUUUCAUUUUUGUGUCCUGUCUUAAAAACUCACCUUUUGCCUUUAAAGUCACUCCUUCAGGAUUCUCCUGUGUUGAGCUGCUUCUGGAUUGAUUAACAGCCUUGCAAAAAACAUUCAUACCCCAGGAAAAUUAACACACUUUGUCAUGUUACAACUACAUAGCUGAGUGUCUUUGUCUGCAGGACUUAAUGUGACAGACCAACACAGAGGGAUGAUGUGGAAAUACUUAUGCUGGGGGUCUGCAGCUUUUAAUGCACCCCUGAUCCAAACAGCUCAAUCAAUGGGCAUAAGCAGGAGGUAAUUCAGACUUCUCAUUUAGUGGUGUGGAAACGGAGAUGCAUCUUAAAGUUGCAGGAUCCAACUUUUUCUCUGCAGCCUGAAUUCCCAACUCCGACGAAAUGAUAGUUUUCAAAGUGUCUGCAGCCUGAACGAUCAUUUCGCUUUUUAUCUGACUUUUACGUCACAGACGUGAGACAUGAGUCAUAAUUCUGCAGCAGAAGAAGCCAAACGCUGUGCUUUCUUUUUAUUAUCUUCCUUCGUCUUUUAAUGAUCUUGUGAUGAAGUCGGCUGCCACUCGUCAACAGAUUUAAAAUUGAUCCGUAAACGGCAGUGGCCAUUAUUCUUUCCAUAAACAGAAAUAAAAAUGGAAGAUCGUCACAGAGUCACAUCUAUGUUCUUCUUCUGCACAUUCGGGUCGUUUUGUGGUCAUAAUGUUCACGCAGACGUCUGAUUGCAGUCGCAUUUCAUUAGCAGCAUGAACAACCACCAAAAAAUAUGGAUUUCAGCAAAAGAAUUGACCCAUACAUUUUUAGAUGUUAGAUUCUAAGACAUUAGAAAACCAUCAUUUUACUUAAACUUCACAAUGAAACAUUGCUCUGUACUGGUCUGCCACACAAGUUUCCAUUAAAAUACAUUGACACCAGUUAUUGUAACAUGAAAAAGGUCUAAAUUAAUGUUAAUCCUCUGACCCGAAAUUGAAACGAAGGAAUCAGGCAACAUGUCAUAUGAGACCAUUUCUAACCUCUCAAGUAGGUAAAAAUUUUAUUUUUCACUUAAGACAGUUAUGCAUUAUUGCAAUAAAAUUCACUUUAUUCUGGACGAUGGUGCCCAAGACCAGCUAUUUUCCUUUUUUAGACGGUAACUAUUAACUCCCAGUGAGUGUCUUCACAUGUAUUGAAGUUGAAUUUUUACACCUUUAACUAAUACAGUUUUAAAUUUAGUUCUACAGUGAAAACCUGCAUCAUGAAAUCCAAAACAAAACCAUUCAUCUCCCACAAAAAUGUCAAUUAGACGCCUUUUUCCAGUCAUUUUAUGUAUUUAGCAUAAUUAUUUUUUUAGAUAAUCUUUUCUCUCUGUUGGAAAAAGUGUAUAUGUGGUUUUAGAUGAAAGAAAAUGUGAUUUGUUCUGCAGGCGUGCCACUAAAUUAAAACCAUCUUUGUUUCAUAAGGUUGGUUUACAGAGGAUCUGUCCCUACAGGACAUCACAGGAAUCUGUUUCUAAUCUCAUGUUUAAAUACAAAUAAUUUAAUAAUUUGAGUGUGAAGUCAUCAUGUCUCACGUCAUCCAUGUACAAAGUACUUUUAUCAAAAUAUGUGACAUAAUGUUAUGUAGCCAUAAAUAAAUUACAUUUUGCAAAGAAAGUUGGAUUCAUUUCCCAUUUAAAUAUGGUUUCUUCACGUUUACCUAAGA